UGUCAUAUGAAAGUAUUUUGUCCAUCCAAAGUUUGAGUGAGGUUGAGAACCCAUGGAAAGGCAUUACUCUAAACCGUUGCAUAGUGUUGGCGAUCAUCAUUGUGCUUGUGAGCUCAGGGGUGAAUGAAGUACAUGGUGAGUGUUGAAACAUAUGAUAAAAAAUAUAUAUCUACAGUGGGGAGAACAAGUAUUUGAUACACUGCCGAUUUUGCAGGUUUUCCUACUUACAAAGCAUGUAGAGGUCUGUAAUUUUUGUCAUAGGUACACUUCAACUGUGAGUUGAAGCCACUCCUUAGUUGCCCUGGCUGUGUGUUUCGGGUCGUUGUCAUGCUGGAAGACCCAGCCACGACCCAUCUUCAAUGCUCUUGGGAUGGUGUUCUUGGGGUUGUACUCAUCCUUCUUCUUCCUCCAAACACGGCGAGUGGAGUUUAGACCAAAAAGCUCUAUUUUUGUCUCAUCAGACCACAUGACCUUCUCCCAUUCCUCCUCUGGAUCAUCCAGAUGGUCAUUGGCAAACUUCAGACGGGCCUGGACAUGCGCUGGCUUGAGCAGGGGGACCUUGCGUGCGCUGCAGGAUUUUAAUCCAUGACGGCGUAGUGUGUUACUAAUGGUUUUCUUUGAGACUGUGGUCUAAGGCACUGCAUCGCAGUGCUAACUGUGCCACUAGAGAUCCUGGUUCGAAUCCAGGCUCUGUCGCAGCCGGCCGCGACCGGGAGACUCAUGGGCGGCGCACAAUUGGCCCAGCGUCGUCCAGGGUAGGGAAGGGAAUGGCCGGCAGGGAUGUAGCUCAGUUGAUAGAACAUGGCAUUUGCAACGCCAGGGUUGUGGGUUCGAUUCCCACGGGGGGCCAGUAUAAAACAAAUAUGUAUUCACUAACUGUAAGUCGCUCUGGAUAAGAGCGUCUGCUAAAUGACUAAAAUGUAAAUGUAAAAUGAGGUGAGAUCUUGCAUGGAGCCACAGACCGAGGGUGAUUGACCGUCAUCUUGAACUUCUUCCAUUUUCUAAUAAUUGCGCCAACAGUUGUUGCCUUCUCACCAAGCUGCUUGCCUAUUGUCCUGUAGCCCAUCCCAGCUUUGUGCAGGUCUACAAUUUUAUCCCUGAUGUCCAUACACAGCUCUCUGGUCUUGGCCAUUGUGGAGAGGUUGGAGUCUGUUUGAUUGAGUGUGUGGACAGGUGUCUUUUAUACAGGUAACGAGUUCAAACAGGUGCAGUUAAUACAGGUAAUGAGUGGAGAACAGGAGGGCUUCUUAAAGAAAAACUAACAGGUCUGUGAGAGCCGGAAUUCUUACCGGUUGGUAGGUGAUCAAAUACUUAUGUCAUACAAUAAAAUGCAAAUUAAUUACUUAAAAAUCAAAAUGUGAUUUUCUGGAUUUUUGUUUUAGAUUCCGUCUCUCACAGUUGAAGUGUACCUAUGAUAAAAAUUACAGACCUCUACAUGCUUUGUAAGUAGGAAAACCUGCAAAAUCGGCAGUGUAUCAAAUACUUGUUCUCCCCACUGUAUCUAUCUCAAUGCGCACACAGACUAGCUCAUGCAUUAUCUCUUGUGGUUUAGAUGCUCUGGAAGUAUUUCUAGAGGAGAAUGAUCUUACUCAGAUGUUACUUGGAGGCACCGAUCUACAGCCAGAUGGCACAGCUCAGGUACUGGGACUUAUAGUUUACACUGAGUAUACCAACCCCCGAUACCACAGGAAACUGUUGAGCGUGAAAAACCCAGCAACGUUGCGGUUCUUGACACACUCAAACCGGUGAGCCUGGCACCUACUACCAUACCCCGUUCAAAGGCACUUAAAUAUUUUGUCUUGCCGAUUCACCCUCUGAAUUGCACACACAAUCCAUGUCUCAAUUGUCUCAAGGCUUAAAAAGUAUUAUUUAACCGGUCUCCUCUCCUUCAUAUACACUGAUUGAUGUGGAUUUAACAUUCGACAUCAAUAAGGGAUCAUAGCUUUGACAUGGAUUCACCUGGUCAGUCUAUUUUUAUUUCACCUUUAUUUAACCAGGUAAGCCAGUUGAUAACAAGUUCUCAUUUACAACUGCGACCUGGCCUAGAUAAAGCAAAGCAGUGCGAUAAAAACAACACAGAGUUACAUAUGGGGUAAACAAAACAUAGUCAAAAAUACAACAGAAAAUAUAUAUACAGUGUGUGCGAAUGUAGUACAUUUUGGAGGUAAGGCAAUAAAUAGGCCAUAGUGCAAAAUAGUUACAAUUGUGUUUUAACACUGGAAUGAUAGAUGUGCAAAAGAUGAUGUGCAAAUAGAGAUACUGGGGUGCAAAUUAGAAAAAUAAGUAACAAUAUGGGGAUGAGGUAGUUGGAUGGGCUGUGUACAGGUGCAGUGAUCGGUAAGCUGCUCUGACAACUGACGCCUAAAGUUAGUAUGUAAGUAGGACCCUGUGUAGCUCAGUUGGUAGAGCAUGGCGCUUGCAAUGCCAGGGUUGUGGGUUCGAUUCCCACGGGGGGCCAGUAUGAUUUUUCUUUAAAAUAAUGUAUUCACUCACUAACUAAGUCGCUCUGGAUAAGAGCAUCUGCUAAAAUGUACAUGUAAAUGUCGUGGAAAGAGCAGGUGUUCCUAAUGUUUUGUAUACUCAGUGUAUUUUCUAUAUAUGUCCUUCUCAUAACGAACACACUGAAUAACAAAUAAUUAAGCGCUCUGCUUUAGAACCUUAUGUUGUGCCCCUGGGUGUUCCUCUUCUCUCCCUCCAGCCUGCAGCCACUCUGUGGGACAGCUUGCUGAGUUGGGGAUCAGACGAUGGAAGAAAAGGAAAACCAAAGAGAAGAGGGGGAGUCUUGAGGAUCAGAAAUAGAGAUGUGUCUGACAAAGGGCUGUUAAAGGAAUGAUAGCGAGAUAGCAUUAUGGAGAAUGGUAAAGAGGCUAAUACAACAAAAUAGGCUGACAUUUUCUGAAAGAAUAAUCAAAUAAUGUCAGUUUGCCCAGUGUUUAUAUAAAAAAUAAAGGAUAUAUUGCAAGUUACUACUUUAGAAAGAACCAAUUUACAGAACAAUUAUCAUACAAAAACAAUUUUAUUUGUCACAUGCCCCAAAUACAACAGGUGGACUACUGCAAAACGCUUACUUACGAGCCCUUUCCCAACAAUGCAGUCAAAAAGUCAUACAUACAUCACAAUGAUCUUAAAUGCACCAUACACAGUCUUAUAUGAAGUCUAAUCUGAUCAUGCAUAAUCUGUUUGCAUAAAUGUUUUUCAUAUUUAGAGGGUAUACAGAAAUCAAUUCAAAUGAAUAACAUUUGCUGGUUCCCAUCUCAUAUUCGAUGAUAUAUUCUUUUAGCCUUUAAUAUGCAUUUUCAUUGGAUGCAAAUUGAUAAUGAUCAAACGGUAUUUGAAAGAACCAAUAUGUGCACUGUGCCAUUGACUUUGCGAUUGACAUUGAUGAGUAACAAAAAGUGUAUUAAAAUGUAAAAUCAGCUAAUAUUUGGCAGAACAUGAUUGAGCAUAGGUGGAGAAUUAGAUGUGGUGAUGAUGAUGAUGCAUUUACAAUAAACAAAAUUAUUGACUUUUUCUGAGUAAUGGUCCACCCAUGCAGUUGGCCUGGUCCUUGCCAUUAUUACAGUCAUUGGACCACAUGGAGGAAUCAGCGGCAACCACACUCCUUGGUCACCAUGUUGGGUUUGAUGGAGAUCUUGGUUCCAUCCU